CUGGCACGGUGCUUGGUAAGAAAGGAUCCAUUCAGGAUUCAUUCUCUUCUGAUCCUUUUCCUUCUUCUCUCUCUGCCUGGUCUAUCAUGUCGAAUUUCUCUUCUGAUACGCCAGAAAGGUCUUCACAGGGUACGAACUGUCAACGAUGCAGUCGCCCGAGACAUCAAUAGAACCACCAGCAGAGCCACCGCCGUCUCUUCGUCUCCAGGACGAGUUAAAAGCAAACAGACGACGCCGAGAGAAGCCUCAGUUGUCAUGUAAUCUCUGUCGCAAACGAAAGUUGAAAUGUGAUCGAGGCCAGCCAUGCCACAACUGUGCCCGGCGUGGUCUGAUAGAGUCAUGUGUCUACGCGAGCUCUAAUGGAGCGAGGCCCACGCGAUGCUACGACCCUCCUCCACAGACCUCUACCGACUUGAGGGUGCGAGAUCGAGUGAGAAUUCUUGAGGAACGAGUUGCUCAACUCUUGAACGCCACCGGCGGCGGCGUGAACGUAACACCAUCUGAUGCUGUUCAACCAGCGUUGCCCACACCGUCAGCGUCAGACACACCUCAUUCCGUGCAAGGUGUCGCGACCGAUCGUACGAGUGGCGGUAGUGGAGACCAAGACCACGACCACGACCAUGACCAGGAAGACGUUCAUCGGUAUGCCUAUGCCAAAUUCAAGGUGGAUUCGCCUGGUCUCUUCACACGCUCCUCCACGAGCGUCACCUAUGUCGGAUCUGCUCACUGGAUGGCAAUUCUGGAAGCCAUUCCCGGUCUGGACGAGGUGCUGAAUGCCUCUUGUAUGACUGAGACGACUGCUGGCUACGGAGACACUGGCAUGCAGUGCCAUCAAAAGAUGGACCUCCUCCUCCCGUCGUGGAAGACUCUCGACAGAGCGGAAAUCCUAGCGGCCCUCCCGCCCAAGGAAACGGUUGAUAUCUUGAUGGCAGAAUGCAUCCUCCACACUAGCCAGGAGCCAAUGAUUGUUCAUGCACCUACAUUCUACAAGGAGUACGCCGAAUUUUGGGCCGAUCCUGCGUCCGCAUCCACCUCGUGGCUGGGCCUACUAUUCGCCCUGAUGACGUUGGGAGUACAGUACCAACAAUUCACACCAGGCCGGUCUCAGGAACAGCAACAGGCGAGCGACGAGAGGCAACCCGCCGAAACCGAAGAGAUAAUAAAAAAAUACCGCGAAAAAACAAUCGAAUGCCUUUUGCUGAGCAAGUACAUCAAUGGACCACCCUACGCCCUUCAGACAUUACUUCUCCUCAUCUUCGGCGACUUCACCCGGGGAGAUAGUACCGAAAAUGUCAACGGACUAUGGGUCCUCUGGGGCACCAUUGUGCAGAUCGCCUUGCGCUCCGGGUACCACCGUGACGGCGCGCACUUUUUCCCCAGUCUGACGCCGUUCGAAGCAGAGACUCGCAGGAGGAUAUGGGCCAUCAUGCUCGAAUGGGACAUGUAUGUGUCGGUGUCCUUCGGCUUGCCCAGAAACAUCAAUCUGCAGCAAUGCGACACUGCCGAGCCACGCAAUCUCAGGGAUGAGGAUUUGUAUAUCGAUAUGACUGAACUGCCACCGUCCAGACCGGAAACAGAGUAUACAAGACCACAAUAUCACAACGACAUGAAUCGACUGAUGCAAGUGCUCUCGAACAUCUCCGACGCGACAUGCACUACAUCCAUCCCGUCCCUUUCCAAGGUAACGAGGCUCGACAAUGCCCUGAACAACAUUUACCACCAAAUCUCGGCGAGAUGGGCACCCACUGCACCCAUGGAUACUGACUCCAACGCCGCUAACCCUGACGCUGACUCGGACCCUGACUCUGACCCUUGCGACUCUGUCCAAUUCACAUUCAUGACCCUGAUGUAUCUCCGAGCCAAAAUCACUUUACACCGCAAGUUUUUGUUUCAAGGCCGCCGGCGGCGGGGGGUCCCGGUCCAUGUCCAGUGCCAAGAAUCGCGCAAUACCUGCCUUGAAGCCGCGUUGGCAAUGCUGGAGCAUCAAUGGUCAUUAUAUCUGCAGACUCGCGUGGGUGGGCCCUUGUGUCGAGAUAGCAGGAAGCUGUUGACUCCGCUGGUGCCGGACUUUUUGCUGGCCACGGCCGUUCUUUGUGCCGAGCUUGCGAUGGAUCUUGAGUCAAAGGCUCCAGUGGAUGCGAGUGGAAGCGGUACUCGCAAUGACAGUACCAACGGAGCUGCAACUGUCAGCGUCACCAACGACUCGAGCUCCUCAGACGACAUGCCAGACCGCGUCUACCACGCCCUAAGCAGCGCAUAUAUCGUCUGGCUUUAUGAGAACGACGUCGAUGCCUCGCGCGGCGUCAAGAUGAUUGUGGCGGCGCUGAACCACCUGUUGGGUAAAGCACAGGUUGCCGGCUAUGGGACGUGGAAGGGUCCAUUGUCACUUAACCGCCCGAGUUGGGCAGGAAAACAACAGCAGCAGCAACCAUCACCAGCUAGGCCACAGGAACAGGCACCGACACAUGCACAUGCACAUGCACAGCAACAAUAUGGCCAUGACCCUUCCCCUGGUAAUAACCCAAACUCAUCCACAGUAGUGUUGGACGAGCGAGAAGCAGCCAGGCGCCAAGUGCCGUAUUCUGGAAUUGGCAACUUUCCCAUCUGAUGUGAUCUGGAGCAAGUGCAUAUGGCACGAUUGAUCGUCUUCUAGUCGACACAGAAGAAUGCCACUGAUCUUUUCGGCACUUACACUGCAAGCUGAGGCGCUUUUUCACUCUUCUUAUUAAAUCUUUGAUCUAAGAUGUAGGUAGAGAAGUCAAUUCUCAAGAUACGAAGGGCAACCGGGUUCCAAGUCGUAAGUCUACACAGACAGACAGACAGACAGACAGACAUGGUCCUUUAGGUACCUACUUAGAUUGUACUUCGAGUUCAUGAGUCAUGAGCAAGGACUGUCCUCAGCAUAGCCUUGCCGAAAGCCAGAAGCCAGAAGCCAUAGAACUUGAAAUUCAAUGUGUGGGAUGCUCCCUGCUCCCAGGCGAGACUCGGUAAACUUGUCCAAGGCAGAGUCAGGGAAGACAAGCAGCAAGCCUGAAGAACGACGACGAUGAUGACGAACUAUCUUCCCUCGGUAUUUUCCUCUCAAUAGGAAUUCAUCUCUCCCAAAC